AGAGCCAAACGUAGAACCUAGUCUGUGUGACACAACACUAAAGUGAGUGAAUUUUGAAGCAGCUGCCUUUUGUUGUUCGUCGGUGAAGCUGAUGUCUCUGCGUACUGCAGCCGCCAUUUUUCUCAAAAGACUUCGUUUUCCCGCUUCCCAUGGCUUCUGUGCAUCUCGUGUAUACCCAAACGCAUUUCCACUCUCAUUUUCUGGCAAACUUAAACUUUCCCACUGGUAUCAAACCGGAGCAAAUGGCUCGAGGAUGAAUCUUAGGGAUCCUUGUCUGUGGAUUGUUAUAUCUGGACAUAUUGCUAUUGUACUAGGGACUGGUGCCAACACUGUGUUUGCAGAAGAUCCAACUAAUGAAGCAUCUCCAGAUGAUGACUUAAUUGGAUUAAGAAAAGUUGAGGAUGGUUCUAUAGUAUCAAAUACACAUACAGCAAAAUGGAGAGUAUUUACUGAUGAAGCGAGGGAAUUUUUCAUAAAGGGACAACUAGAUGCAGCUGAAAAACUUUUUCUUGCUGCUCUACAAGAAGCUAAAGAGGGUUUCGGCCCAAGAGAUCCGCAUGUUGCAUCUUCAUGCAAUAACCUGGCAGAGUUAUACAGGAUCAAAAAGGAUUUUGCCAAAGCAGAACCAUUGUACUUGGAAGCUAUCGACAUAUUAGAGGAAGCUUUUGGCCCAGAUGAUAUACGGGUUGGGGCUGCUGCUCACAACCUUGGACAAUUCUACCUUGGACAGCGGAAGUUGGAAAAAGCUCGUGUUAGCUAUGAGCGCGCACUGAAGAUAAAAAGACGUGUUCUGGGAUAUGGCCAUUCAGAAUGUGCAGAUACAAUGUAUCAUCUAGGAGUGGUGUUGUAUUUCCAAGGAAAAGAAAGGGAUGCUGAGGCCGCCAUUCAGGACUCAAUAAGGUUAUUAGAGGAAGGUGGCGAAGGGGAGUCAUUUGUAUGCAUUAGAAGACUUAGAUAUCUGUCGCAGAUAUAUUUGAAAUCACAUCGGCUGGCUGAAGCUGAGAUGGUCCAGAGGAAGAUCCUGCAUAUUUUGGAAUUGUCAAAGGGUUGGAAUUCGUUGGACACAGUUGUUGCAGCUGAAUCUUUAGCUCUGACCCUGCAAGCGUCUUGCAAUUUAAAAGAUUCAAAAGAACUUCUUGAAAGAUGUCUAAAUGCGCGGAAAGUCUUGCUUCCUGAUGACCAUAUUCAGAUUGGUGCAAACCUACUUCGUCUAGCACAGGUUGCUAUGCUUGAUAGCAGCCAACAUAAAAAAUUUGAUGUCAAGAGAGCUAAAGCCGAGCUUGAUAUCGCAAAGGAUCAUGUACAUAAUUCAAUAAGGAUUGCACGUCAAUAUUUAGAUAGAGUAUCGAAACAAAAAGACAGGUUGAAGAAACACAGUGCACCGGGAGAUUCCAGAAAGGAAGCCCAAGCAGCGCUGCUCAUAUUGCUGCAAUCAUUCAAUACUUUAUCGUCGGUGGAGGUAGCAAAGCAAGAACUGCUGGAAAUUCAGGAAGGAAAAAGUAACCUCAAGGCUAAGGAGUCACUUCUUCAAUGCAUUCAUGCUUACAGUGAGUUUGUAGCCGAUAAGUCAAUCCCUGAGAACGCUGAGAUAAAGAAGGAAUACCUUUCGUGUUUGAAGGUUGCUCAAAACUUGCUCGGUAAUAAAGGACUACCAGAAGCUGAAUUGAUAGAAUCUUGAAGAGCUCAGUUGCCAUAGAUUUUGGUGUGAGAAACAAAGUUGGUCCAUAACUUUAUAAGCUGCAAUUUUUUAUUUUGAUAUUGUAGAGCGUGUUUGUACGAAUACAAACACGGUUUUGCUAGGUAGACAAUAACUUUUGGGAACAAUGUGAACAAUGAGUUUCAAAAUUGGACCAAUAAAAUAAAACACAGUCCAGCCCAAAUUACCCCCUAAACUUUAAUUUUUACAAUCCUAAUUUUAACCAUCCUAUUCUUACCCCUUUUGACCCGAGACGCAGCCACACUCCAGGAAUCAUACUGUCGGCGUUGCAACUCAACCUCCGGCAAGUUCGCUGCAAGCUGAACAUCCGGCACUACCCACAUGCUUCAACCACAGGCUUCACGUGAGUCCCCUAUCGAUGCUCGCGCGUUGCUGCCCUCAUUCUGCAUCCCUCCCUCGCGCUACCGUCGAACACCGCUCGUCGCGGAAGGGCUCUCGCUCGCUGUCGCUGCGCCAGCAAAUUUCCGCACACAGCGUCGCAGUUGAAUGCAUCAACGGCAACGCUGAACAGCCCGCAAGCUUCAGGUUCGCUCCCUCAUAGUGCUCGUGCGCUGCUGCCCUCACCCCGCGUCCCUCCCUCGCCACCAUUGGGCGCCGGCCAUCGUAGAGGAGCUCCCGGUCUCCGUUGACGCGCCUCCAAUCUUCAGCAAGCUUCAGGUUUGGUUUCUUGGACUGCUAUGGAAGAUAAGAACCCUUGUUUAUUGCUGAUUUCUUAUUUUGUUACCAUGUUGGAUUAUAUAUUUUUUGAAUUUGGUUUGGUCUGUCCGGGCAUUACGUUAGUCGGCACAGAUGUUCUACUGGCUUUGGAUGUUUGAUUUUCACUUCAGACGGAUGAUUAUUUUACCUAAUGACUUUAGAUGUUCGAUUUUCAUUUCUUAUAAGACGGAAGAUUAUUUUACCACGUA